AUGAAUGAUACUAUUUUCACCAAAUCUUGUGAUAUGAAUGCAGUACCUAAAUGGGCUAGAGAUGGGCUAAGUGUGGACCAUGAGGGAUUUGAGCGAGUGAGGGGAGAGUAUAUCAGCGAUGUAAACUGCUCCAUAACCUACUACAAACACAAAAGCGGCCUAAAAGUUGUAGCCAUUGUACCUGACCCAGAUGAAACAGAGUCUGCCUUCGAAAUCGUAUUUCCCACAUAUCCCUCAUGUGAUGGAGGACAUGCGCACAUAAUUGAACACUCUGUACUCGGAGGUUCCAAAUGUUAUCCCUCUAAGAAAUCCUUUUCUCACAUCUUACAGGGCGGAUUCGAUACCUUCUUCAACGCCUUCACUUAUCGCGAUAGAACCAGCUACCUCUUUGCUACAAUAAACGAAGUUUUCUUCAAGCGUGCAGCACACUAUAUUCUUGAUGGUGUUUUUAGACCAAAACUAUUAACUGAUGACAAAAUACUUAGACAAGAAGGGUGGCACUUGGUUGUACGCCCUGAAGCAGUUGGUGAAACGCCUGCGCCAGACAAAGUACAUGAAAUAGUACACCAUGGAAAAAGGUUUUCAUUUAGUGGCGUUGUUUACAAUGAGGAAAGGAAGAGGUAUUCUUCCAUCACUAAGCAGAUAUACAACACAAUAUUAGGUUCUUUACAUACUAAUGCGUACAAGUUCGACAGUGGCGGAGAGCCAAAUUCAAUAGCAGGGUUGAGCUACGAUUCACUAGUAUCAUUUUACAAACGAUUUUACACUCCUUCCAGGGCUACAAUCUAUAUAUAUACACCACAAUCGCUGGCUGAGAAGCUGGAAUUUGUGCACCAAUUUAUUACCCAACUCACUACACUGGACGCGCAAGCUGAUGGUACGCCCCUAUGUACAUUUACUGAGGAAUACAGGGGUGAAAAUGUUGAGGUUGAGUUGCCGUAUGAUCCCAGUGGAUCUGUGGGAGAUAUACUAGUAACCGCUUGGCUAAUAGAUCCAAUUCGCAGCGUAACAGGGGAUUCUUGCUUGAAUUCUGUCGAGCGUGUGGCGUGGAAUGUGCUAGAACAGGCAUUAAUGGGCACGGAUAAAAGUUUGAUCCAUAAGGCGCUAAUUCCGCAUGGUACAAACCUUUAUCCUGGUUUUUUUGAUCCAACACAUCAGCAGGCUAUCUUUGCGCUUGGUGUAGAAGGCUUCACCCCUACUGGAGUAUUCAUUAAAUCCACCGAUAAACAGGGAUAUAUCCGUGAAUUUAAUAGUAUAGUUGAAAAUGCUUUGAAGGAAAAGGUCAAAGACGGUUUCAGUGUUUCAGAGCUGCUGGCUGCGAUAAAUACUGUGGAAUUUCAGUGCCGUGAGUUAGGAUCGCCACAUUUGCCUAGGGGGUUGCAAUUAUCUCAUGUUAUGCAUAGUCAGGACAUUUUUGGUCGUGAUGGUAUAGAGGCGCUUAAGUUUGCGGGUAUAUUCCAAUAUCUGAGAUCGCAAAUUAAUAAGGGCUAUUUUGAAAAGUUAGUGACAGAUAAGUUGUUAAACAACCGGCAUAGAGUCACUAUACAUGCUUAUCCGAGUCAGGAUUAUGCAGUUGCAGUUGAAAAAAAAUACACUGAUAGGCUUAAAACUUAUGUUGAGAAGUUUACCAAAGAACAAGUGGAGCAGUUACAGCAGGAAUAUCAAGAAUUUAUUAAUGAAACAGACGAUAUGACAUCUGCACUAGAUAAACUAGAUUUUGCAGAAAAGAGUCAUCUUCCUAGGGAUGUACAGUUGAGCGAUGUCCCAAAAUUACCAACUGAAAUACCAUCCAAAAUCAUGUUGUUGUGUGAUGAUAAGUUACAAGAAUUUGUACAGGGUAAUAGUGGAGUGCCAAUACUUAUCCAACAAGUACCGUCCAAUGGCAUUUUGUACAUGGAUCUUGCCUAUUCCCUUAGGAACAUGCAGUUGUCUGAACUACGAGAAUUGAAAGUUUUGUGUUCGUCUUGGAGAGAAAGUGUUAGCGAGGAGUUUGAAGAGCAGAUCGGUACUCAUUUGGGUGGCUUAACAGUUUCACUUGUGUUAGAUACACCAUUUAAUAAUGCACAUUCACUUGUCUCCCCUAAGGGGAAAUAUUCCAGCAAGAACAACUCCUGUGGUUACUUAAUACUCCGAACUAAAUUUCUUGCCCAAAAUCUAGGCAAGGCUUUGGAACUUGUCAAGAAAUUUUUUAGUGUAAAAGUGACCAGAGACAAGCACAAGGAAGUACUGUCUAGACUGGUGAACCAGAUGACGCUGGACUUCACCAAUUCGGGUCAUUUUUAUAGCCAAACUCUUUUGGAAUCAUGCCAAUCUGCUGUUGGAUAUGCCACAGAGCAAAUCAGUGGGUUUUCUUUUUUGAAGUAUCUACAGCGUUCUACGCUAAACUCGACACAAAGCGUAGCAGAAGAUGUAUUUGAUGUUAAUGAACUAUGCAAAGUGUUGGAAAAGGUUUUGGAACCUGAAAAUGCAAUUAUUUCAUUCACAGGAAGUUCAGCGUAUGAUUGUGUUUCACAGAAUAUAGGUGAAAUAUCAUCACUCAAUCGGUUAAAUGGGUGCACGAGGGCGUUUGACCAAACUUCCCUAUGGGCAACAGAAAUAACACAGGAGCAUAAUGAUGAGUACAGUGCAUGUGCUGUACCUAUCCCUUCAACAAACAAUUUUGUGUCUGUAGGAGGGCCCCUAUUGAACGAAUCAGACGACAUCGGCACUCACUUGGUUAUUUCCCAUUGGCUUUCAUCCAGUUUGCUGUGGGACCGUGUUAGGGAGAAAGGAGGUGCUUACGGAGUAAGCGCAACACUAACAUCGUGUGGGAACUUUUACGUUACUAGUUAUGCUGAUCCACAUAUUUUGCCCACUUGUGAUACAGUAUACAACCUUGCGCAACUGAUAAGGGACGAAGCCCGGCAAAUGAACACUAGUGACGUGGAUAAGCAGAAAGUUGGCACACUGGCCAAGUUAGACAGUGUAUUAACUCCUUCGCAAAAGGGAUUUGUUGCACUAUUACGCUAUGUUUUGGGCAAAACUGCUGGUGUUAAUGCGGAUAUCAGGAAUGUAGUAUUCAACGUCACAGUGGACGACUUUAUAAAAUUUGCCGAGAGAUUAGACCAGGCAAAGCAGGGCUUUGGAGUGGCCAUAGUGGGAAACAAGGGCCAGAUUCUCGAGCAAAGUGAAGGCCUUGCUAAGUUGUUCAACCGUAAUAAACUAAAGGUAUUAGACCUGUGA